AUGGAGCCUGCAGCUGCCCACAGUGAGAACAUCUGGAGGAACAAUGGAAGACCACACGACCUGAGCUCCUCCGACAGAAAUCACCAGAAGAAGGUGUCUCGGUGCGUGGGGGGGGCGUGUCUCCACCUGAGCUGCGGUUCUGCUCUGAAAGCUGAAGCGCAGCUGCAGCUGCAGCGGUCCGACAUGGAGAGGAAGACCCCCCCCAGAAAAACUCUGAGGACUCUGUUCUCCAGAACCGAUCCUGGUCCGGUUCUGGACGGGUCUGCGCAGAAGGAGGACAGGAAAAGGUUCAAGUUCCCAAAGCUGAAGAUAAAGUCGAGGAAGGAGGCUGAGGUUCUGCAGGAGGUCAGGGCUGCGGAGUGCAGGACGGGUCCAGAGGACGGACAGGCCCACAGAAUCGUCUCUGUGAAGAAGUCUUCUUCUGUCUUUGCUGUGGCGUCCAGAGGAAAGGCCAAAGAGUUCAGCUACUCCGAAUUGGACCUCAGAAAACCCAAACGUUUCGCUACGUUCUCCUUCGGUCUGAGGAGGAGGAAGAGGAGGGAUGAGGAGAACCUGUCAAAGAGCGCCUUUGUCCUGCACAGCUCCAGCACCGACAUGCAGGAGGAGGUAACAUCUUCACACACUUCAGAUGGUUCUGGUUCUGUCAGUCCAUGUUUCUUUGUCUUACUGCACAUUAAAAAUAACUAA